AUGGCCAAUCUUGCAUCGCCGUUGAAGCCACACACUGGCGAUGACACGGACGUCAAUGUCCGAGCCCUGAUAGACCAUGCUAGGAUUGAGCAUCCGGCGGAUUUGCUACGCCAGAAGCUGGCCGAUGGUGAUGUGCCGCUGGAAACUAUCAGAUAUCAUAUGCGAGCGGCGUUCUCACUGCUCUUCCGAUCGAAUCGCAAUGACCGCGCGAGCCUCGCUAGAGAGAAGCCUAUCGUGCGGGAAGUUCUUCACUACCUCUGGACGCGGAACGAACGCUGGCUAGCUUUCCUCCAGGAUUUUCGUGCAAAGGAUAGCUUGACAUUUCUCGCCGCCGCUGAGGGCCACGAUGAUCUGAUCACCCAAUGGCUCGAGAUUGCCAUGCCAGAUCAAGCCGAGAUCGGCAUAAGCCUGAGUGCUAUGCGAACAAGGGCCUGGCGAGGUUCAUUGAUGAGGAGUUACAUUCGUGCCCUCCAUUCGACCGCGCUUGAUCGCUCUGCAGAUUCGGCGAUCGGAUUCUUCCUACAUAUGAGGGAGCGUUGCUGCCUUACAUGGGAGCAGGUAGCGGCCGACGCCUACGAGGUCGCAUCAAAGCGAUACCCCUUGCUGGCCUUGUCGACUUGGCCUGCUGCGAUAGAGCUAAAAGGGCGUCUCACCAGCUGCGACGCCUUUGGAACUGAUGCCAAGUUGUUUGAAGAAUUCACGGCUGUAUUUCAACGUCUAGAAGAGACAGCAGGAAGGCGCGGUGAACUCGAUUGGGGUGACUUCGGUGUGGGACGUUUGCACAUGGCACAUCCGACGAAACCCGAUCCAUCGCUUGCCAUUGCUUACUUCCGGACAAUCCUGGACGAGACACCCACGAACAUGCGUCGAAACAUACUGCCUGCCCAAAGCACACCACAAUGGCGGGGCUUGCGCCAUGCUUUCGCUCGCGCUCUGCAGCUGGCCCAACAACAGAAUCACCAAGAUGCAGCCUGGCUUGAACAGAUGGAGAGAGAUCUCUUUCCCUCCGACCCUAUGACCUUGACUCAACAUGGUAGUAUCUCGCAACGUCCAGCUCGUGUGAAGCAGCAUGAUACCUCUGGUGGCAGACCUACGAGACCGGUAAUAAUCCGAAAAGUUCUCAGAUAUUAA